CGCGGGUUGAGAGCCAUCACCAUGGUCUCCUCUCGCGUCUCCGGGGCCCUUCGGGCUCUCAUCUUCGCCGCGCUCAUCGCGCUUGCCUCCGCGGCCAAGGGUGUCGUGCAGGCGGGCGACAGCAACUUCGAUCGCCUCGUCCUGGGCAGCGGGAAGAAUGCGUUCUCGAUGAAACCGGAUUGGGACAAGCUGGGAGGACACUAUGCCGACCACCCGUCCGUUCUCAUCGUCGACGUGGACUGCACCGCGGACGGUCAGGGCACCUGCCAGCGCAUGGGCGUGCAGGGCUACCCCACCAUCAAGUACUUCAUGAGUGGCGAUAAAAAGGGUAAGGAUUACCAGCAGGGCCGCGACUUCAACUCGCUCAAGAGCUUCGCCGAGUCCAAGCUCAACAAGCCCGUGUGCGACGCCGCCACGAAAAAGGGCUGCGCGAAGAACGAGAUCGCCUUCAUCGAGAAGCACGAGGGCAAGAGCGCGGAUGCGCUCAAGGAGGUUGCCAAGGAGAAAGCCGACGAGCUCAAGGAGAUCCGCAAGGCUCGGUCCGAAGCCGAGAGCGAGCUCAAGCAAAAGCAGCGCGAGUGGAAGAAGCGCGAGAACGCGCUCAACAGGGCCACGAACAUCCUCAAGCAGAUGCAGAAGACGGCCUCGGCGUAAGUUUUGAACCGCGUCAACGACGCGGCGACCAAAACAACCGAAGUCGCAUUAGAAGGUUCCUCGCGACGACUCGUCUGAACCGACGCCCGGCGCACGCGCAUAAGACUGACGUGAACCCCCGCCCGCAAAGUCGAGCAGCCACUCGACCGGGGCGGAUGGCGAUGAAGUCUCGACGCGCGUGCCUCCCGCGCGAUCGGCACGGACGCGGCCGGUGAGCGAACGAGCUAGCUUAGAAACACCAUCUGAAGGCACUCGAGCCGUGUCGG